AUGCUAUCGAGAGCGGUCAUCGCCAGCGCUCUGCUAUCAGUCGUUUUGGGUGGUUGGGGAGAUCCGUUACGGGACCUCGGUGUGCCAAACUAUGACUGUGGAGCGGAUCUGAUGAAGCCUAGUGCAAGGCUGGUGUUUUGCUUAACCAGUCAGUUAACACGAAAAACCUACACUUCGGCGUUUCAGAUCCCCACAAAUGUCAACUCUGUUCGUCCUGGUGACAUCAAGGUCGUGAUGGCGCUCGGGGAUUCGAUUACGGCAGCAAAUGGUGCCGGAGCCGAGGAUCCGCUAGCGGUCGUGCUCCAGUAUCGUGGUCUGGCCUUCAUGGCGGGCGGGGACAAGUCGCUCGAGCAGCACGUCACCAUUCCAAACAUCCUGAAGAAGUACAACCCGAAGCUCUACGGAUAUUCGCUCGGAAUUGGGGCCAAAUGGAUGAAGGCACAUUCUGAUGUCAUCGACAUGGCAAACGACUGGAAAUUGCUGAACAUCUUCAUUGGUGGAAACGAUAUUUGCGGAUUGUGCAGGCAUCCGGACUACGCGCCGUCAAACUGCGUAGCGGAGAUUCAUCAGGCCGUUCAGUACAUCCAGGACAACGUGCCGCGGGUAAUCGUGAAUUUGAUGUCAAUGCUGCAUCUCGAACUCCUCCGCCAGGUCGACACAGGAAAUAUGUUCUGCUUGGCGUUGCAUACCGAUGAAUGCGGCUGUGAGCAGAACAAGAACUUCACGGAUGCUAUGAUUUCGGCCGCUUUGUACAGGAAUAUCAACAGCUCCAUUCGCCAA